AUGAGCUCCCUCAAAUUCGUGGUGUCCUCUUUGGACAUCAUCGCUGCCCAUGCCGGCCGCAACAAGCAGCUGGCAGAGCUGGCCGAGAAGGCCCUCACAGCUAUCAAAGAGAACGACCAACAGCUCCCCGACGCCGAAGUCGUCUUUGCGCCCCUCCAACUAGCCGCGAAAUCCGGCACUAUCCCGCUCGCUACGACCGCCCUCGACUGCAUCGGGAAACUGAUUUCAUACUCGUACUUCUCCUCGCCCUCAUCAUCCGCAGACCAGGAUGGCGCCGAGAGAGCGCCCCUCAUCGAGCGGGCCAUCGACACCAUCUGUGACUGCUUCCAGGGCGAGGCGACACUGGUUGAAGUCCAGCUUCAGAUCGUCAAAUCACUGCUCGCGGCGGUGCUCAACGACAAGAUAAUCGUGCACGGUGCCGGGCUGCUCAAAGCUGUACGCCAGGUUUACAACAUAUUUUUGUUGUCGCGGAGCACGGCGAACCAGCAGGUCGCUCAGGGGACACUCACUCAGAUGGUGGGCACCGUAUUCGAGAGGGUCAAGACUAGAUUACACAUGAAAGAAGCACGCGCAAAUCUCGACAAGCUCAAGAUCAGCCGGAGCAGCCUGGCUGUCGACCGCUUGGACGACCAGGAUGACGAGGACUCGCAGGCCGACAAAGCGGACAGCGAAGGAGUCUCUGAGGUCGUCUCCGACACUGCUCCCUCCAACGCAGGCGACGAAACCGCAGGGAAGCUGACACUGAAGGAUCUGGAGCACCGGAAGAGCUUCGACGACUCCCACAUGGGUGAUGGCCCCACAAUGGUCAGCCAGGUGAAGCCCGUAAAGAAGGCGGCGCGGUCUGUGUCCGAGCAGAGCAUUCCCGAAAGCUCCCAGGAGGAGACACCAGAAUCUCUCGAUACUGAAGACGAGGCCUACGUACGGGAUGCGUACCUUGUCUUCCGUUCCUUUUGCAAUCUGUCGACGAAGGUCUUGCCACCAGAUCAGCUGUACGACGUUCGUGGCCAACCCAUGCGGUCCAAACUCAUCUCGCUCCAUCUUAUCCAUACGCUGCUCAACAACAACAUCACUGUAUUCACCUCGCCAUUGUGUACCAUUAGGAACACCAAGAACAACGAGCCCACGAACUUCCUUCAGGCCAUCAAGUACUAUCUUUGCCUGAGCAUCACCCGCAACGGAGCGAGCUCAGUGGAUCGGGUCUUCGAUGUUUGCUGUGACAUAUUCUGGCUGAUGCUAAAGUACAUGAGGUCGUCGUUCAAGAACGAGAUCGAGGUCUUUCUGAACGAGAUCUACCUUGCUCUCCUUGCCCGAAGAAACGCCCCGUUGUCGCAGAAACUCACCUUUGUGGGGAUACUCAAGAGGUUGUGCGAGGAUCCACGAGCGUUGGUGGAGAUGUACCUCAACUACGAUUGUGACCGCAACGUGGACAACAUUUUCCAGAGGAUAGUGGAAGAUCUCUCGAGGUUUGCGACCGCUUCGGUACCGAUCAACGCUAUCCAGGAGCAGCAGUAUGAAGACCACCACUCGAAAUCGGGACCGGGCGGCGAGUGGCAGAUCAAGAAUGUACUGCCGCCAGCGCUGUCCGUCGCCUUGAUCGCCACGCACCACGAAACAGACGGCGAGAUACCUAAGGAAUAUUUUAUGAAGCGUGCGGCUCUCGACUCUCUCGUGGAGACCCUGAGGUCCUUGGUCCACUGGUCGCAGCCCGGGAGACCCGAGGCCAACGGGACGGUUGUUGACGUGCAGAGGCGCGCUUCGAGCGACGACCUUCGGGACUCGAUUGAUCCGUCGGCUAGUGACACAGCAUCUCGCAUGGAAACACCAAUCGCGCCGUCAACUCCGGUCAUCGACGAUGAUCCGGACCAGUUGGAGAAGGAGAAAGCGAGAAAGACGGCCAUGACGAACGCCAUCAAGGUCUUCAACUUCAAACCAAAACAUGGCAUCAAACUCCUUCUCAAGGAAGGCUUCAUUAGUAGCGACAGCCCCGAAGAUAUUGCCCGGUUCCUCCUGCGCGAUGAUCGGUUGGACAAGGCGCAGAUCGGCGAGUAUCUGGGUGAAGGAGAUCAAAAAAAUGUCGAUAUCAUGCACGCUUUCGUCGACUUGAUGGACUUUGGCAAAAAGCGCUUCGUCGACGCUCUUCGCGAAUUUCUCCAGGCCUUCCGCCUACCCGGCGAGGCUCAAAAGAUCGAUCGUUUCAUGCUCAAGUUUGCCCAUCGUUACGUGACAGGCAACCCGAAUGCGUUUGCCAACGCCGACACUCCGUAUGUGUUGGCAUACUCCGUUAUCCUGCUCAACACGGAUCUCCACAGCAGCAAGGUGGUAAAGCGCAUGUCCAAAGACGACUUCAUCAAGAACAACCGUGGCAUCAACGACAAUGCCGAUCUUCCGGAUGAGUACCUCAUCGGCAUCUACGAGGAUAUUCAGAGAAAUGAGAUCGUCUUGAAAAGCGAGCGGGAGGCCGCCGCGGCCUCUGGAUUGCUGCAGGCGCAGGCAACCGGGCUUGCCGCUGGGCUCGGCCAGGCCUUCUCGAACGUCGGCCGCGAUCUCCAACGUGAGGCAUACGUCCAACAGUCGGAGGAAAUCUCGUUGCGAUCAGAACAGCUGUUCCGUGAUUUGUACCGCAGCCAGCGCAAAAGCGCGGAGAAAGUUGGUGUCAAGUUCAUCUCGGCCACCUCGUUCAAGCACGUUGGUCCGAUGUUUGACGCGACUUGGAUGUCCUUCUUUUCAGCCCUUUCUAGCCUGAUCCAAAAGACUCACAACCUCGACGUGAACAAGCUCUGCUUGGAGGGUAUGAAGCUAGCUACGAAGAUCGCUUGCCUGUUUGAGCUUGCUACCCCCCGGGAGGCUUUCAUUUCCGUCUUCAAGAACACGGCCAACCUCAACAAUCCGCGCGAAAUGCAGGCCAAGAAUGUUGAAGCUUUGAAGGUGCUGCUUGAGCUUGCUCAAACGGAAGGCAACGAUUUGAAGGAGUCGUGGAAGGAUGUGCUCAUGUGCAUCAGCCAGCUCGAUCGACUGCAGCUGAUAUCGGGAGGCGUGGACGAGAGCGCGGUGCCCGACGUCUCCAGGGCCCGUUUCGUGCCACCGCCGCAGCGGAUAGAGACCAAUGACCCUAGAAAGUCAACGUCCUCGGCGAGGAGAAACCGGCCACGCGCCCACACAGGGCCACAGGGCGUCUCCCUUGAGAUUGCGCUCGAGAGCAGGUCCGACGACGUGAUUAAGAGUGUUGACAGGAUAUUUACAAACACCGCCAACCUGUCAAGGGACGCCAUCAUCCACUUUGCUCGCGCCCUGACAGAAGUGAGCUGGGACGAGAUCAGGGUCUCCGGUUCGAACGACUCGCCCCGCACGUACAGUCUCCAGAAAAUUGUCGAGAUCAGCUACUACAACAUGACGCGUGUCAGGUUCGAAUGGAGCCAUAUUUGGGACGUCCUGGGAGAGCAUUUCAACAGGGUCGGUUGUCAUGCCAACACCGCCAUCGUGUUCUUUGCGCUUGACUCCCUCCGCCAGCUGUCGAUGCGUUUCAUGGAGAUCGAAGAGCUAGCUGGGUUCAAGUUCCAGAAGGACUUUCUCAAGCCUUUUGAACACGUCAUGUCGAACUCGAGCAACGUCACGGUUAAGGACAUGAUCCUCCGCUGCCUCAUCCAGAUGAUCCAGGCCCGGGGCGAGAACAUCCGGUCCGGCUGGAGGACCAUGUUCGGCGUCUUUACGGUCUCGGCAAGGGAACAGUACGAGAGCAUUGUCAAUCUUGCGUACGAAAACGUCACACAGGUUUACAAGACCAGGUUCGGCGUUGUCAUCUCGCAGGGUGCGUUCACCGAUCUCAUCGUCUGUCUCACCGAGUUCUCCAAGAACAUGAAGUUCCAGAAGAAGAGCCUCCAGGCCAUGGAGAUGUUGAAGUCGAUCAUCCCGACGAUGCUGAAGACGCCCGAAUGUCCGCUCUCGCAAAAGUCGACCGGGGGUGCCGGUCGCUCUGAGUCACACCCCAAGUCGCCUGCCCAACAGACUCGGACGUCGGUCGAGGAAGGGUUCUGGUUUCCGGUGCUCUUCGCCUUCCACGACGUGUUAAUGACUGGGGAAGAUCUCGAGGUGCGGUCGAACGCCCUCAACUACUUCUUCGAAACGCUGUUGCGGUACGGCGGUGACUUCCCCUCGGAGUUUUGGGAUAUCCUCUGGCGACAGCAACUCUACCCCAUUUUUAUGGUUCUUCGAUCGCGGCCCGAGAUGACCAAUGCGUUAAACCACGAGGAGCUCUCCGUCUGGCUCUCCACAACCAUGAUUCAGGCGCUCCGCAACAUGAUCACUCUGUUUACUCAUUAUUUCGAGUCUCUCGAGUACAUGCUGGACCGGUUCCUCGAGCUGCUCGCGCUCUGCAUUUGCCAGGAAAACGACACGAUUGCGCGGAUAGGGAGUAACUGCCUACAGCAGCUUAUCCUCCAGAACGUGACCAAGUUUACCCCUGAGCACUGGGCCAAGAUUGUCGGUGCCUUUUGCGAGCUAUUUGAGCGGACGACGGCGUACCAGCUCUUCUCGGCGACGACCAUCAACUCGACUGCGUCACUUUCCCCGCCGCCCAGUGGGCUCGAGCUUGGUGUCGCGCUGAGUCCGACGUCGGAGACCGGGCCGGUCGAUGAGAAGUCGCUCAAGAUCAACGGCGCCGAAACAAACGGGCACUCACCCCCACUUGAGUCAACCGACGUCGACCCGGAUAGCAUCACAGGUCCGGCGACAGCCAACCCGGCCGCCAUGUCCGCGACGCCCCAACCCCAGACGCCGUCCCAGCAGCUCGAGGAGUUCAAGCCAGCCACGUCGCUGCAGCAACAACCCGUCGUGGUCACAGCCGCCCGCCGGCGCUUCUUCAACCGCAUCAUCUCGCGCUGCGUGCUGCAGCUGCUCAUGAUCGAGACGGUCAACGAGCUCUUCAGCAACGACGCCGUGUACGCGCAGAUCCCGUCGCCCGAGCUGCUCCGGCUGAUGGCGCUCCUCAAGAAGUCCUUCCUCUUCGCCAAGCGCUUCAACGCCGACAAGGACCUGCGCAUGCGGCUCUGGCGCGAAGGGUUCAUGAAGCAGCCGCCCAACCUGCUCAAGCAGGAGUCCGGCAGCGCGGCGACCUACGUGUCCAUCCUGUUCCGCAUGUUUGGCGACACGGCCCCCGAGCGCCAGGGCAGCAAGGCCGACGUCGAGAGCGCGCUGGUCCCGCUCUGCCAGGACAUCAUCCGCGGCUACAUCGGCCUCGACGAGGAGAGCCAGCACCGCAACAUCGUCGCCUGGCGGCCUGUUGUGGUGGACGUGCUCGAGGGCUACGCCGCCUUCCCGCGCCAGGCGUUUGUCGCGCACAUCCAGAGCUUCUACCCGCUCGUGGUGGAGCUGCUCGGCAAGGACCUCGGCCAGGAGCUGCGGGCCGCGUUGCUGCUUGUGCUGAGGAGAGUUGGGGAGGCCGGGUUGGGCAUCGAGGGUAUGGGUGGCGCCACGCCGGCGGGGAAUGGCACGACGCCGGAUGGGCGGCGGAAUAGUGUCUUGUCGGUCCCGUCUGUCCGCCCGUCGCCGAGCAUGGAUAGCCUGAGCGAUGAUCCGUCGAGGCAGUUCAUGGGUCGAGUGUAA